UUGGGGAAGACGGAGAGAGAAAAAAAGGAGAGAGAUUAGAGAGAGGGAAAGGGUUUUCGAUGCGUAACAAAAAGCAGAACGAAAGUCGAGAGAGAGAGAGAGAAAGAGAGUCGUAUACAGUGCUUCGAAAAACAUAUCUUCUUGUUGACACGGCGGAACCCUAGCGGGAGACGGACUAAAAGCCAGCCCUUUUGAAAGGUUUCUCAGAUCUGAACCUCCGGCCGGCGAGGGAGAGAGGUAUCCAAACAUAGUGAAACAGUAUGGGUGCCAAAGGAGGAGGAGGAGGAGGCAAAACCACCAAUGGAACGUCUGGAAUUCCGGCUGAGUGGCGGAAGUUGGUCCAAAGCUUAAAAGAGAUUGUAAAUAACUGUACCGACCAGGAGAUCUAUGCUACCCUAAGAGAAUGUAAUAUGGAUCCUGAUGAAGCCGUUAAUCGUCUUCUCACACAAGACCCUUUUCAUGAGGUGAAGAGCAAACGAGAAAAGAAAAAAGAGAAUAAGGAUCCGAUUGAUCCCCGAUCUCGUGGUCCUAAUAUCCCUUCCAGUCGUACGAGUAAAGGUGGUACAGAUCGUUAUGCCGGACGCAGUAGCUUGAAUCAGUUUGGUUCUAGUGAAACUGGUCUGUUUCACAGUAAACCUGUGUACAAAAAAGAAAAUGGAGCUAGUGAUCACGCUGGUUCAUCUUCUGCAUCUGGUCAAUCGGGAAAUCACUCAUUCUACCAAUUUCCAUCUCACAGCAACAAUGUGGCUACAGAAAAUAAAUUAUCAGGAUUAGGUGCAGGAGAUGGAGCAAUCUCAUCCUCACAGUCCUCUUUUGGCUUCCAAUCUGCCUGGUUGGGUGCUCAGGGCCAAGUAUCAAUGGCUGACAUUGUUAAGAUGGGAAAGCCUCAGGGCAAGAGUUCCUCCGUGCAAAACACUUCCCUUCAAAGUGCAAGUUCUCAUAACAGUGUUCCAUUCCAGUCUACACCAUCACUCCCGAAUUUUCAUUCAGCACAACAUCGGGCUUCCACAGUUUCAGAAGCUCACUCUGGACCAGGUAUUAUGAAUCAGCAGGCAUCUCUCAAUGAUGAAUGGCCCUCAAUCGAACCUCCUCAAGUUGUUGGUAUCUCUAGUACGGUAGAGUCGCCUGCAGUCUUGGAGUUGCAUUCAAGUCCAGCCGACUUAUCAUUGGAUAGUCCUAAUCAGCAUAUACAUCAAGACAAGGUUCAGGUUGUUGAAAGUGGUUCCAUCGACAGUAUUGAUGUAAACCAUGCUGCACAUACUUCUAUAUUGGGUAGCAAUAUUCCAGAGGAUAACUCUGGGGGUACCUCUGUGUCAGAUAGUAACUUAUAUGACGACAUGAGCUCCUAUUUGCCUCACAGGCAAGCUAUUGAACACAAUGAAGGUGAAGAUGGUGUUUCGUCAAUGUCUGCAAAUUUUCAGCAAUUAAGCGUACAGAAGGAAGAUCAGGAUUCACCACCUGAAGAGGAUAAUCCUUCUGUAGUAAUUCCACAUCACCUCCAGCUUCACACCCCAGAUUGCUUUCAUUUGAGCUUUGGAAGUUUCGGAUCUGGGACCAAUGCUUCCUUUUCUGGUUCGGGGGCAUUUCCAAAUAGUAAUGUAGAGGAGCCUUCUGCACCAGCAGAUGUCUCUUCAGUUGGUCACUCUGAGGCUAGAAAUUCAGAGUAUUACGAGGAUGAUGGUACUAAUUCAGAUGGGAACCUAAUUCACAGAUCCAGUGCUAGUGGUGGUGCAUAUUACGAAACACCCACUACGCAAGCAGAGGUGAAGCAGGAGAGCUCUGAAAAUGCUCAGGCUAAUCUAUAUGCAUUUCCAUCCUCUUCUCCUGGAUUUAGUUAUGAGAGCAACCAACAAUCAGAAAUUCCAUUUAUACAGAAUAGUUCAGAAAUGCAGAACCUGGAGAGAGCAAUGCUAGCUUACACAAAUACUUUAUCCAACAAUAUGUUGUUAGCUUCCACAUCCCAGACAGUGAGGGAGGAUCCUCCAUAUUCACCUUUCCCUGACACACAAUCAGUGCCAAAAUACAGCAAUGUUGCAUCUUCCAUCACUGGCCCGUCCAUGUCCAUGCCGGAGGUUCUAAGAACAAAUAGCAUUACUACUUCUCAGCCUACUCCACAGUCUAAUGUUGCAGCAGGACCUGCUGUUCCACAACACCUUGCUGUUCAUCCUUAUUCUCAGCCCACACUUCCUCUGGGUCAUUUUGCGAAUAUGAUUGGCUACCCUUUCUUGCCACAGAGCUAUACAUAUAUGCCAUCUGGUUUCCAACAGGCAUUUGCAGGUAACAGCACAUACCAUCAAGCUUUGGCAGCUGUACUUCCACAGUACAAAAAUAGCAUUUCUGUUAGCAGUUUGCCUCAGUCUGCUGCAAUUGCUUCUGGUUACGGAUUUGGAAGUUCAACUAGCAUUCCUGGAGGAAACUUCCCGCUGAAUCCUCCCACAGCACCCGCAGGAUCAUCCAUCGGCUAUGAAGAUGCUAUAAGUUCACAGUACAAAGAGAGUAAUCAUUUGCUGUCCCUCCAGCAGCAGAAUGAAAACCCAGCGAUGUGGAUUCAUGGGCCUGGUUCCCGAACAAUGUCUGCCGUUCCUGCUAGUGCAUAUUACGGCCUCCAAGGGCAGAAUCAACAAUCUAGUGGAUUCCGACAAGCACAACAGCCUUCGCAACAAUAUGGGGCUCUGGGAUACCCAAACUUUUAUCAUUCCCAGGCGGGUAUAUCACUGGAUGGCCAACAGCAAACUCUCAGGGACGCAUCUCUGGGAGGGUCUCAAGGUCAACAGCCCAAGCAGUCGCAACAGAUUUGGCAAAACAGCUACUAAUAGGCUGAGUGUGUCAUAGUAGUGGCCAAUCAGAGGUGCCUUUAUGAUCUGGCAUUAAUUUAUUAAUGAAAUAUUAUUAAUUGGUCCGAAGAGAUCGACUGGCCACUCCCCUGUUGCCACGAGGUUGUAUUCUACACAAUAUCAUUGUCUGGUUAUGUUUAACGAGGUCUGCUAAUUUGGAUUAGUGAACUACACUCUUUUCAGUCCCUUUCUCUCUCUAGUAGUUAUGGUAUGAAGAAGCAUUGUUUUUCUACAGUUUUUACCUAGUUUCACAUCAAUUUAAAGCUUUUACAAGGGUUUAGUAUUGGCAAA